AUGAGUGCCAAUCCGAACCAGAUAUAUUCGGCCACAUACUCCAAUGUGCCCGUGUUCGAGUUCGUCACUAAAGAGGGCCCCAUAAUGCGCCGCAAGUCUGAUUCGUGGAUCAAUGCAACGCACAUUUUGAAGAUUGCCAAGUUUCCCAAGGCCAAGCGAACCAGAAUAUUAGAAAAGGAUGUCCAGACAGGAAUCCACGAAAAGGUCCAAGGCGGCUACGGAAAGUACCAGGGAACGUAUGUGCCGCUAGAUUUGGGAGCGGAAAUAGCCAAGUCGUUUGGCAUUUUUGAAGAGUUGCGGCCAAUCUUUGAGUUCCAGUAUGUGGAAGGGAAGUCAGCGACUCCUCCACCUGCGCCCAAACACAGUCAUGCAUCUGCAUCCAAUGUAUCGAGAAGACAAUAUUUGCAACAACAGAAGCAGCAGCGGCUCGAGCAAAGUUUUGAGGAGGACGAACAGACAUCAAAACGGAUGAAACCUUCCGCAAGUGAAGGAACAGAAGUGCCUAAAAAAAGAGGGAGACCCAAAAGAGUAGCGUUAACAGGAAGAGGAAAACCGGAUUUGCGCCAAAGCCAAACUACCCCCAUAGACAGCAAAGGACCUAGUAUGGGCACAUUUGGCGCCAGGCAGGAACUGUCUUUUGGACUGUUCUCCCAGAUGCAACUUCCGCCUCUUAUGAGGCAGGAUACCGAGAAGGAUGCAAUUCAGUUUAUGGCUAACAAUCUAAAUCUCAAGAACGAAGAUUUGGAACCGGAAGCUAGCGACGAUGAUGACGAUAAAGUUGAUGUUAAUAAUGAAGGUCGCAAUAGGAAGAAAAGAAGUGCAGACUAUGCCCUCAAGGAUACUGAUGAAGAUGAGCUCAUGACAGGGAGAGAACUAUUUGGUUCCCGGGACUCCAUGGCGGCAUCACGAGAUUCUUUUGACAAGAUUGUUCAAAUGCACAGUCGGAACUCCAAGAAUAUGAAUAUGCAUAAUAUUCCGAAAAUGCUCAGUCUCAAUGGCAGUAUCUCUGGAGAUACCUAUGGGCUUGCGCCAUUUCACCAUCAGAACCAGUAUUCUGCGCAGGUCAACUCGAGUCAUAUUCGUGGCGAUCAAGAAUCUGUGGACUAUUUCAAUACUUUGCUCAAUUUCUUCUUGGAGGACGACAGCCUGGAUGCUGACGGAGAACAUAAGGACAGAAAUAGCACACUAGAUUUGCCAGAGAGGAUCCUCAACCCUCCCCAGCCGUUGAGUAAAAUCAAUAUUAGUCAACCCAUUGACAAUGAAGGCAACACGAUUUUCCACUGGGCAUGCUCGAUGGCAAACGUCGCUAUGGUUGAGUUUCUUCUCUCUAUCUUUUCAAACUUCAUUGACAGUGAGGCUAAAAACUAUCACGGUGAAACGCCGUUGAUGUUUAUGACUAAGUUCAACAACAGCUAUCAGUUGAACAACUUCCCAACAAUCUUGGAUCUUUUAUUCGAUUCUGUGCUUUCUGUUGAUAAUUAUGGUCGUACAGUCUUGCAUCAUAUUGCCCUUGCAUGUAAAACAAGUAAGAGGGAUUUGCCUUCUACGACAGCUGAGCAGGACACACAGAAAGAGAGAUUUGCAAAAUACUAUAUGGAGGUGUUAUUUUCCAAGAUCGUUGAGUUUCCAGAGUUUCAAUUACUGCAAGGGAACCAAAACGGGAACUCUAAUGACAAGAAAGAGUUGAUCUCUAAGUUCCUCAAUCAUCAGGAUAAUGAGGGUAACACUGCCUUCCACAUUGCGGCGUACAACAUGUCGAAAAAGUUGGUUAAAACUUUUAUCAAGUAUCACAUGUACCUCAACCUCAAGUUGCGCAAUCUCGUCAACUGCAGUGUGGAAGAUUACCUAGCAUCGCACAAUUAUGUUCUACGUCUUGACAAUGGAUCGGAGAAUCUUGUUCCCACACAAGAGGAUGCAAGAUUAUCUGAAUUUGCGGUUGAAACUACACAAAGUUUCGAAGCGCAGCUACAUAAAUCCAAGUUGGCGAAUAACUUGCAAAAUUCAACAGCGAACCUCGUGACACAAAAGCUCACAGAAUUAGCCUAUGUGGUUGAUAAGGAGCUAAGUGAAAAGGAUGAAAAACUACUUGCACUUUUCCGGUUCCUGAAGCUCAUUGCGUUUGAGAAGUUCAAUUCACAGAAAUCCAUUUUGGAUAUCUUUAACCUCGGCUACUUGGUCGAGGAUGUUGAAAAAGAUUUCGAAACAACGGAAGAAGACAUUCAAAGCAAAUCGGAUCUGCUUGUGAUUGACGGUUCGCGGGAUGUUAUUAUUCAAGAUGAGAUCAACAGAUUGCAAAAUGACAUGAUGUUCCAGUAUCUUGCGACGAAAGAAGAGUUUUCCGAUGCUUUCAAGAACUACGUAAAUAUUCGAGAGAAGGUUAUUGCAAGCACGUUGACCAAAUAUGAGAAAGAACUGGUGGUAAAAGAGGAAAGCACAAACAAAGAAAAGUUACAGUACGCCAUUGAUUUGCAGAAGGCAAUCAUACAGAGGAAAGAAAUCACGCUGUUGCUCUAUAAUGAGGAGAUAAAAGCGCCGGUGGCCGUGCAAAAUCCCGAAGAGUUUAAAGAGAAUCAAGACUCAAAGCGGGAAAGUCCGUCAGACACCACAGAAGAAAAAGACGAUGCCGAAACACAAAAUCACGAGGAUACAACGUCUACAAUCGCUACUUUCCCGCACGACGACAAGCUUUACAAGUACUGUAAGUUGAUUUCUUUGAGUUGUGGAAUGACGUUUGCCGAGGUGGAAAGCUCCAUUGAUCUUAUUGAGCAAUCGCUUUCCCGAGGCACUUCCAAUGUAUAA